GUAAAGUUCCUAACCGAUAGUGACAAUUUCAAAGUUAUUUAUUGUUGGACAGCAACCAAAUUUGGUUCAUCUAUUUCAACUCGCUACUGUUUCCAAAAGUCUAAAAUAUAGCCGAAAAUGGGCGAAGACAUCCAAAGGAAGUACCAGAACGAACUGGACAACUUGAAAACCGCGCAAAAAGAGCUCCAAACGGCCUUAUCCACAAGACAGCAGCUCGAUGGUCAAUUGACGGAAAACGAAAUGGCCAAACAUGAGCUGAGCUUGCUGCCUGCCGAAGGCAAGGUGUUCAAGUCAGUGGGCCCCGUUCUGAUCAAGACCGAGGUAAUAGAGGCCAAGCAGAACGUGAGCAAGCGAAUAGACUAUAUUACUAAAGAGAUGAAAAAAGUGGAAGACUUGAUCGGUUCGUUGGAAAAGAAGCAGGAUAAUGCCAGGGGCGCGCUACAGAAGCUGCAGCACCAACUGCAACAGGCCCAAGUGAAGGCUGCACUUCAUGCCUAAGAACAUUUAUUUAGUGUGCGCGAUCAUUUUAUUUAACUGAAAUAGAUAUAAUGCUGAUUUCGUCA